GAGCUAAAAGCUUAAAGAGAGGACUCACUCCUCCAUCACUGGUGAGACGACACGGUUGCUAAACGGUCCGAGGAUUCGUCCAGGAACGCCAGCGAAAUGAACGAAAGGAGCAGAAUCCUGCUGUGGAUCCGAGAAUUCAACCCCAAACAGGUUUUCACCUGGCAGCUGGCCAAGACGUUGGCUAUGGGUCAGGGGCUGGCGGGCCUCAUCUGUGGCACAGCUAUCACCUCCCAGUUCCUGGCCUCAAACUUUCACGUGAACACGCCCAUGCUGCAGAGUUUCCUGAACUACCUCCUGCUGACUGUCACCUACACCACCAUGCUGCUCUGCAGAACAGGGGAUGGCAAUUUUUUACAGAUUUUGAAGAGACGAUGGUGGAAGUACUUGCUGCUCGGGCUGGUGGACGUGGAAGCAAACUACACUGUGGUUAAAGCGUACCAAUACACCACCAUCACCAGCAUACAGCUGCUGGACUGCUUCGUGAUCCCGGUCCUGAUGGGUCUGAGCUGGUGGAUUCUGAAGGCUCGCUACAGGCUGAUCCACUCUGUCGCCGUCUGCAUCUGUCUGCUCGGAGUGGGGGCCAUGGUGGGAGCCGACCUGCUGGCUGGACGAGACCAGGGCUCCACCUCAAACAUCUUCUUGGGUGAUGGUCUGGUGCUCCUCAGUGCCUCGCUGUAUGCGGUGUCUAACGUGUGUCAGGAGUACACCGUGAAGAACCUGAGCAGGGUGGAGUUCCUGGGCAUGGUCGGCCUUUUUGGCACAAUCAUCAGCACCAUACAGAUGGUGAUCCUGGAGCGUAAUGAAAUUCCUGCCAUCCAGUGGAGCUGGGAAGUUGGACUGCUGUUCGCUGCCUAUGCACUGUGUAUGUAUGCUCUGUACAGCUUCAUGCCUAUAGUGAUAAAGCUAAGCAGCGCCACCUCCGUCAACCUCUCCCUGCUCACCGCUGACCUCUUCGGCCUCUUCUGUGGGAUCUUCCUCUUCCACUACAACUUCUCCGGCCUCUACAUUGUUUCGCUGGUGGUCAUCCUCAUUGGCUUUGUCGCCUUCAACGCUGUUCCGACUCCCACCGCUGCCACAGACUCCAGCCCCUCGUCUUCACCUGCUGCUACCUGCGAGGAAGGCUGCUCUGAAAACCCUGUGGAUGCUCAAGAGCUGCAGCCGACUGAAGACAGGAGGAAGAGGAGCACUUCAGGGCCAGAGCAGAGCUACAGCAGCACAGAGCUCGGCACUAGAAUGUGAUCAGCUGGUUUACAGUCUCCA